CAUGUUUUCGCCAGCCAUGAGAUGGCUUUGAUGGUUUUUCGUGCAAGCGGUCAUGAUCGAGGCUUGCGAGGAGGAGGCUGCCCCAAGACCCCUGGCAUUCUGCAGCACUACAGUGAGAUCAAGCGAUCUCAGGGAGGUCUACCGCACGCCUGGACCUGCUUAUUAUGAGGUCAUUCCCAAGGAUCGAUCUGUCAGCUUGGGCGAUCCGAGCUUUCGGUCGCAACUGCAUCGACUUGAUGGCUUGAAAUCCACCAAUGAGGUGCCGGGUCCUGGCAUGUACGAACACAACCCAAAGCGCGUGGAUGGGAGACCUACAUGGAGGCAGCUUCGUCGCGGUGCCCACCUGGCCCGAAAGACGCCGACGCCGAAAGACGCCGACGCCGAGAGCGCCGACGCCGAGAGAGGACGCUGGCCAGUUGUGUGUGGCACCUACCAAGGCCCCUCCGCGAAGGUUGCUGUGUACAGUGCCUCAGAAGGAGCAACGCAUUGUGUCCCGCCAACCCAUGAAGAGCCUUUUGUCAUCACCUGGGGAAUCGAUUCCUUCGCUUUCGCAAGAACACGUGUGCAUUUGGAUCGGCACCGACUCCACAGCAGUCCCUGUGAGGAGGCACAAGAUGCUGGGCAAAGUGUGCCAGCCCAGCUCUGCCUUUGCAUCAGGCACCGCAAGGCGAAGUGAGGCUGAGCGAGAAGGCCCUGGACCUGCCAGCUGUGCACCCGAGGGCUUCGCGGAACGGCAAAGGCGGCAUCGUGCUGAGCGACGUGGGCCCCAGGUGCCUUUUGGUAGCAGUUCAACAGCCCGGGAGCAGCCUCGAGGUAGUCCAGAGCUGGGUCCAGGCUACUACGACUUGGAUGUGCCGCUGGAGACAUCCCAACGACGCAGCCCGUCACCUGCCUUUGGCACGCAGCAGCACCGUUUCGAUCGAUCACGCAGCAGAUCGGAGACGCCAGGUCCUGGCGAUUAUUCGCAGUUCAAGGGAGCGAAUGCCUGGGAAGACGCGUCCACUGCAGCGCCGUCAGGCGUCUCUUCCACCACUCCUCCCUUGGCGUUUGGUACUCGUCAAGAUCGUGCUUGUGCAAUGACUGGCACACCUACCGUUGAAGAGAGGGAAUUGGAUCUACUGCCUGUGGACCCCCUGGGCCGUCUCAACAGCCUCACCAGGAGAGCCUUGCGUCGAGCUCAUGAGGGCCGGCAAGGUUGUUCGGUGAGUCCUGGUGCACCGGCACCUGGGGAUUAUGAUCCGAUGCCCCCCUCGGGGCAGCUCUGGCGGAUGCCACCGGAAGAGGAGGUAUUUAGCUCCACUGAGCCUCGAUUUAGGCGCGACGUGAUGGAAACGACCUCGUUGAGUCCUGGGCCUGCUUUCUACAGCCCCGUGCCGCAAAGUCCUACUCCGCCAUGUUGCGACUUCAGCUCUUCCAACGUGAUGAGGUUUUUGGAGUCUCCUUCCUUUGACAUCGAAGCGGAGAGUGGUCCCGAACCGGAGCUCAUCGUGGAAGGCUUAAUGCCACGAGAAAGAUAUCUGAGUCACGGCAAUGGGCGACCCAUUUCACUGAUUGGUCGGGCCGACACGAGAUGAAUCGACAGAAUCGACAGGACCAGUUGCGGUUGGUGGC